AGUCUGGGCCCGGAGCCCAGCUGUCGAAGUCCGGGGCACCGCUGUGUUUGAUUUUCUGGUUGAAAUUCUGGAAGCAGUUCUUUUUUCCGCUGUCAUGACACACGAACACUGUGAAAUCAGUUGACUGGCUCUAGGGAAUUUCGUUUGUGUGUUGUCAGUGAUGGGAUCAUCUCGAACAAUUCCUGCUAAGCACACAUUGUUACGACAGCGAACGGGUCAUCCACUGCAAACACUUGUUUCUCGCCGCAACGGAUGCUUGGUCGGGCUGAUAGCUCUUUGUUCUACGCUCAUAAUCCUCGUUCAAGUCGUUUCUUAUAAUGACAAAGGAUCUCUCUAUCAAACAAUCGUCAAAGGCGAUUCCGCUCUGCAGGGAUUGCUUCAACAGGGUGAGCUUCUCGCAUCAAACAAAGACGUAUUACAAGGCUCGACGGCGAAAAACGCUCAGGUGGCCAUAGCCAAUAUCGAAAACGGCGUCGAUACCUCUCUGAGAUCUCAACUCAAUGCGAACGUUGUCGGCGGUAAAAUUCCCGUGUUGCCUCUGAUGCAGAACGCUGACCGCCUUGCUCAAGCCAUGCUGAAACUGUACAAAGUCGUUCCCCAAUCGGAAGUGAAACGAUUGAUCAUCGUUUCGUAUUUUCGUUCCGGUAGCACUUUCCUCGGGGACAUCCUACAGUCGCCGCUUAAGACGUUCUAUCAUUUCGAACCUUUCCAUAUCACACGCACGACCCGACUCCGCUUUAAUGACAUAAGCGAGCUGGAGUGCGCCAAGUUAUUUUAUGGACUACUCAAAUGCGACUUCGAGCAUCUACCGGAGUACAUGACGUGGGUUUCUCAGCACCGGAAUCAAUUCUUGUUCCGUCACAACCAGUUCCUUUGGCGACAUUGCGCUUUGAAGAACAACAUCUGCUUCAACGCUACCUACGUCGAGGGGAUGUGUCGCCGGAGUCCCUUACAGGUGGUCAAGUUCGUUCGCUUCCCUCUGCGAUACGCUGUCAAGUUCGUGACGGAGGAGCCCGCGUUCUCUAAGAAUACGGCCAUCGUGCAUCUCAUACGAGACCCAAGAGCCAUUCUGGCAUCAAGACGGCGGUUAGAUUGGUGCAAAGACGAGUGCGCCAGAGCUGAUGCCCUGUGUUCCCAGAUGGGGGAAGACUUGGAUGCCUUCGAUGAGCUCCGCAAGUUACAUCCCGAAAUUCGUAUGGUGCAAAUAAAAUUAGAGGAGCUGGCUUCCAAUCCGUUUGUGCAAACGAGAGCGCUAUUCGCAGCACUCGGUUUAAAAUUCGAUACGCUGACAGAAGCAUUCCUCCGAACCCACACUCACCACGGUUCUUCUGAUCCUUACUCCACGCGGAGGAACUCGGCGGCGGUGGCGUAUGAUUGGCAACAGAAGCUGUCUCUCAAGGAAACUCUCGAUAUCCAAAUGUUCUGCGAGUCGAUCAUCACCAAAGCUAGUUACGACAAUGUUCGAAUGAAUCAUCGCGGAUACGGCAAUAAAGUCGCUCAGAACGAGAGUCAAUGGCCCGCGGAGGUCGCUGAGGAUAACCAAACUGUGACAUGA